AUGAAGCUGGGCUCGCAGGGGCUGGAGAUCUCGGCGCAGGGCCUGGGCUGCAUGGGCAUGUCCGCCUUCUACGGCCCUCCCAAGCCGGAGAUGGACAUGAUCGCGCUCCGCCGCCACGCCGUCGCGGCCGGCGUGCUUCUGGGCGGGGUGAGGGAGGACGAGCAGCCCGCCACCAAGUUCGGCAUCUCGUCCGGCGACGACGGCAAGCCUGACUUCCGCGGCGACCCGCCGUACGUGCGGGCGGCGUGCGAGGGCAGCCUCCGGCGGCUCGGCGUCGACUGCAUCGACCUCUACUACCAGCAUCGCAUCGACACCAUGGUACCUAUCGAGGUCACGGUGAGUGGCACUGUUAGCAACCGGAACAGAAUUUUGGGAUAG